CCGCCGCUCCCGGGGAGGCUGCGCUCGAGCUGCGGCGCCGGCUGCAGCCGCCUGGGCCCCGGGCCCGGCUCCUCCCGCGCCGCCCGGGCGAUGAGAAGCUGCUUCUGCGUGAGACGGAGCCGGGACCCGCCGCCGCCGCAGCCGCCGCCGCCCCAGCGGGGAACAGACCACGCCACCAUGCCUGAAGUCAAAGAGCUCUCAGAAGCCUUGCCAGAGACACCAAUGGACCCCAUCACCGGAGUCGGAGUGGUGGCCUCCCGGAACCGAGCCCCGACGGGCUAUGAUGUGGUUGCACAGACAGCAGAUGGCGUGGACGCUGACCUCUGGAAGGACGGCUUAUUCAAGUCCAAGGUCACCAGAUACCUGUGUUUCACGAGAUCGUUUUCCAAAGAAAAUAGCCACUUGGGGAAUGUGCUGGUGGACAUGAAGCUCAUCGAUGUCAAGGACACGUUGCCUGUGGGCUUCAUCCCUAUCCAGGAGACGGUGGACACACAGGAGGUGGCCUUCAGGAAGAAGAGGCUGUGCAUUAAAUUUAUCCCCCGAGAUUCAACCGAAGCUGCCGUCUGUGACAUCCGCAUCAUGGGCCGGGCCAAGCAGGCGCCUCCCCAGUACACGCUUAUCGGAGAGCUGAACAGCAUGGGCAUCUGGUAUCGCAUGGGCAGAGUGCCAAGAAACCACGACUCGUCUCAACCCACCACGCCCUCACAGUCAUCAGCCGCUGCCACCCCAGCCCCAAACCUUCCCAGGCACAUCUCACUGACACUACCGGCUACAUUCCGAGGCAGGAACAACACCAGUGCCGACUAUGAGUACCAGCUCUCCAAUCUGUAUGCCAUAUCAGCAAUGGAUGGCGUGCCUUUUAUGAUUUCAGAGAAGUUUUCCUGCAUCCCAGAGAGUAUGCAGCCUUUUGAUCUCUUGGGAAUCACCAUCAAGUCCCUGGCAGAGAUUGAAAAGGAGUACGAGUACAGUUUCCGCACAGAGCAGAGCGCGGCGGCACGCCUCCCACCCAGCCCCACCCGGUGCCAGCAGAUCCCCCAGUCCUGAGGAGCCCACAGCCUCCUGGGGAGAAGACGUCUCCUACCCAGUGCCCAGACUACUGAUGGGGUGGCUGGGAUGAGUUACUCCCUCUCCCAACUGCCCUCCCCACUCACCAAGAGACUCCGGGCAGCUGCGUGGUCAUCUAUGGUCAUCAGCUUGCCUGAUGAGACUCCCCUGCUCCCUGGGAACAUUGUUCAUAAUUGUGACUAAUGUAUGUGCUAUGACCAGAGGCUCCUAGCACACCUGUGUGAUGACCACUUACCCCACAAAGAAAGAAAAAUUCUUCCCUAUCCGUGAGGGCCUGGGCACACGCUCCAGCAGCCCAGCGGCGCCCGCUGGCUCCCUUCAACUGACCGUCGCCCACUACGAGAACCCCACAAGGCCACUGUCCCUCCUGGGAGACUCCAGGACUGGCUGCCUCACAUAGGACCCUGCAAGAUGCACUCAUCAUCUCUGACCCACCAAGCUCCCCGGGAACAAGCAUACCUGGUCAACAAACGCUCACGUGGCCCCUGCGUUUCAUAAUGACACUGAGAACGCGGGACUCUGCUUCACCCCAGACAACUGUGGACUCUUUCCCCAACGCACACACUGGAUACCCAGGGCACAGAUGGAGCCCCGUUUUCUGUGGAGGUGACUAGAUGCCUGCCUGGACGGAGACUUGGCUGCUAGGGUGCUGUGCCUGGUCACAGCUCCACUCCCCACAAAGGGCUCAUCUGUGGAGCUUCCACCUGCCAGCAACAGCUCCACACGCCUCUGCCUGGUGCCCUGACCCGGUGGCAGCUGACACAGAGCGUGCUCUCGGAGGCGUAGUGCCCAGCCCUGCGGGGACAGCGUACAAGGGCAGCAACUCCUCUCAGCCAGGCCACCGGCUGUCUAGAAGGCACCUCCCGCCAGUGACCCGCUGUCUUGAAAAGUCCCUCUGUCCAGGGCCUCUGAAUUUGGGCUAGAGUGUUUCACAGGUUCCAUCUGAGGUGCCAAGUUCAACUCCACAUGUGUUGCCAUGCAAACAGCGGCCACCGCUGUGCCAGCUCUCACCACCACGGCAUGCUGCUUUGCCAUCGUUGGCGAUUAGGGUUUGUCUGGCGCUGGUCCCUAGAGGUCUGUGGGUGUGAAGGUGUGCACAGUGGUCGGUGGCCAUGGGCAACUACACACCAGCUGUACAAACCUCUCCGGUCACAGCUCCAGAGCCGGCCACAGGCAGCUGAGCGCCAACGGAUCGGGAGCAAGAACCAGCCAACGAGAUGGCCCGAGUCAGGGCAAGGCCAAAAAUACCUCAGCACCCUCCCUCAGCCCCUCGGCUCCUGCUCCUCAGGCCCUCUGUGGUCCACCCUGCCUCCUCAGCCCCCCUUCUCCGCUUGAUGGUACUUCAUUUCCAUGUGUCAUGCCUCGGACACGAGCACACCCUGGGGGUACCCAUCAACCCCUGCCUCUGGGCCCUACAGCCUCCAGGCAGCACAGGCCAUGAAAGGUGGUUAGCUCACCUGCCGGUGCCCCAGAGGCCUGUGGGGUCAAAACCUAGUGUCAAGCUGGUGCUCUACAGAGCUGAUGAACUGUCCCUCCCCCAAGACAACUCCACAGCGUCUGCUGCUGCUGGUGAAACACCAAGUGGCUUGUAUGACCUGAGGCCCACAGAGAGGGGCAACCACUCGUAGUCUGAGUCAACCGGGAAGGUCGGGGGACAAAGCUCCGGGGUCUCUGGGCCACUUAAGCCUGUGCACAUUGUCUUAUCACCUCUUUCCGAUCCCCGGUUGUGAAAUCGUCCUCACCAGGCGAUGCCAGGUGACCCUGCCCCCUUCCCUUGAUGGAGAAUGCGGCUUCCCUGCAGCUCUUACAGGCCCUGAAGUUCAAAGAUGAAAACAAUGGACCCUUUGUCGGUGAUCAGAAAGGCCAUGUGAAGAGGUUCCUGGAGGAAGGAGGAGGGCGCGCAGCCCGCUCCCACUCUGCCACGGGACUCAGCCACGGGAAAGGGGGCCAAUGCGUGCUCUGAGCUGGAGCAGCCUCGGGACCUCGUAGUUUAAGGAUAGCCUUGACUGUGGAUGGUGUAGCAUCACAGCCUCUAGCUUUUGAAGCGUGGAGGACAACUUGGUGUCUGUGGUAGGUUUUAGGUUGGUUUCUUGUCUUCUGGUGGUGGCACUGGUGGUGUGGUCACACCCAUGUCCACUUGGUGUGCGCCUGGCACAGACGCAGGCCUGGAGGUGGGGCUGCGGCUCACGGCCUUGUGUGUGUGGUGUGGAGCCCUUUUCUGAACCACGCCCUAGCCACUGAGAUGAACACAGAAUCACUGGGGGACGUGAGAGCUGCGGCCUCUCCCUUGGGCCUCCUCCUUCCCUCCCUCCAGCAUGCCCCACAACUGCUGCUGUCCCUGCCAAGCACACACCUCUCUCUCGAAAAAGCUAACCAGAGCACAGCCCCCCCCCCUGCCGGCCCCCACGCUGGAAAGCCGGUUCCUCCCGAAGGCCUGGAUGGCACGCAGGCGAUAAGCAGGGGCGGGCGGGGGGGGGGCUCCAGACUCACUCACAAAUUAUCAUAAGGCCAAGUCUCAGAGCCCGUGUCAGCCCCACUGGCCUUGGGAAAGCACAGGUUAGAGCCGUGAGCGCUCUUCCUGGGAUCAGUGCAGGAAGAAGCUGAAGGACACACACAAGGGGACCGAGAUAUGAGUACCCUUCCUUCACUGGGCACUAGACCUGACAGUCCUAAGCACAUUUCCUGUCACCCCCUAACAAGCCCGGCACUGGGUGCUGUCUGUCCCUGUCACACGAAGAGUCCGAGGCAGAACCUGACCCCAAAGCCUCUGGGCCAACCAUCUGGCCUUGGUGCCCAUCCCUGUGAUGGGCUCUCUUUUGCUAUGGAGUUACCGUACCACGGCAGUGGGUUCUGGCCAUGGGUCAGGCUGAGACCUGCCCUGCUCCCACGACCCCAGGUUCGCAGCCUGUGAGCACUUCUCCUGCUGCAUUCCAGCCCUCAAGAGCUGAACUCACAGAACGGGUGUACACCCUUCCGACCCCCAGAGCCUGAUGGAGAAGCCGGGCUUCUUCCUGUACCCAGGUCCCUCUCGGGGACUCGGCACAUCAGGGUGGCCCAGCUUUGUCCCCUGCUCCAGGUGCAAACCUCUGUGCAACUGCAGCCAUCAGCACCCGUCCAGGCUUUGUCCCCCUUCAAAGGUGCGCGAGCUGGGCCACUGUGUGGCGCUGGGACAAGGACCCAGGCACAGCUGCCUUCCUGUGUAUUUAUUCAAGGUGACUGCUUGGCAAAGGGAGGUUUCACUGUGUGAUUGUAUUCUUAAUAUAAUUUGUUAAAUAAAUGUUUGUUUUAACCUC